GCCAGCAGCACAGUGCACUGCACACACACACAGCAGAAAAGCGUUUUGGACUGAACUGUCGCUUUAUUUUGUGAAAAUGUCUGAGAAAGUUGUGUUGCAUUACUUCGAUGGAAGAGGGAAAAUGGAGUCGAUCCGAUGGCUCUUGGCCGUGGCUGGAGUCGAGUUUGAGGAAGUGUUUUUGACCAAGAGGGAGCAUUAUGAAAAACUGGUGAAUGAGGGAGCCCUGAUGUUUCAGCAGGUUCCAAUGGUUGAGAUAGAUGGGAUGAAGCUUGUGCAGUCGAGGGCUAUCCUGAAUUACAUCGCUGGAAAAUACAACCUCUACGGGAAAGACCUUAAAGAACGUGCUUUGAUUGACAUGUAUGCAGAGGGCAUUGGUGAUCUAACGGAUCUUAUCUCGAUGUAUUUUUUCUCACCACCUGAAAACAAGCAGAAAAGUCUCAGUAAUAUCGAGGAAAAGGCAAAAGAGCGCUUCCUCCCUGUGUUUGAAAAGGGUCUUGCGAACUCUCAUUUCCUGGUGGGAAACCAGUUGACCCGUGCAGACGUUCAUCUUCUGGAAGCCUCUCUGAUGCUGCAGGAGUUAUUCCCUACAAUACUAUCAACCUUUCCCAAAGUCCAGGCAUUUCAGGAAAGAAUGAAGGCUUUACCCAAAAUCAGCAAAUUCCUGCAGCCGGGCAGUGCGAGAAAGCCUCCGCCCGACGAGGCGUUGAUAAAAGUUGCAAAGGAGGUGUUGAGCCACGCCUUUAAGUAGAACACCGAACAGUUCUUCAAAACAUUUACAUGAUGUUAAUCACAACUAAUUUACAAGCUUCUUUAUUUUAUUUUGUUUUAAAAAUGUUGUAUUAAUUGUUUUGUAUGUUUUGAGUCAUCUAUGCAGCACUUUAGUAACUUUGUGUAUGUAAAAUGCGCUAUAGAAAUAAAGUGGAUUGGAUUAAAUUAAAAAUGAGAUGCUAAAAUUGACAGAUUUAUUUGGAAUGUACAAAAUACGGUUUGGAUAAAGUGAUAGUAUUGUGAAAUGAGCAUUAUAUUGUCAGGAAGUGUGUGUGUCUGUUCAUGAGCUAGAAGAUCAAAAUUCAGAAAUCCAUCAGGUGGAAAUGAGAACACAGACCAUCAGAAUAAACUCUCAGAUAGAUCCUCAUCA